UUUGCUAUGGAGAUUUUGAACCUGUGUCGGAAAUCUGCAUACGAAAAGAAGAUCACCGCGCAACAUACUCAUAGGUAAUCUAAACCAAGCAUGAGCCGUCCGCGAAGAAAAUGCGCGAGGUAUUCGUCCCCGCCCAAAUUGCACAUCAAUGAGCUGCCACAAGAGAUAAUGUACACCAUUUUUGACUAUCUCUGCAUUUAUUCGCUAAGCGAUGUCUCACUUACCUGUCGCUACUGGGAGCGCCUGAUUUCCGAAUACGGUGCCACACGAUUUACCCUGCGCAUUGGCCGUGUGCGGUCAGAUGAAGAUACGUGGUAUGCCGAUUGCAGCGCCCGUGCAAAUGUACACUUAACAGAAGCAGCCAAAAUGCUCGAUUGCACCAAGCGCCGCUACAGCAAGGUCAAUAUUGAUCUGCUGGGAAAACCGUUUGAAACGCGUCAAAUGAAUCUCGUGCUCAGCAAGCUACUAGUUCCGCCCUGGCUCCAGCAAUUGGUCGUACUAAGGAUCGGAUUGGGGAAAGAUUUGCAGACGUUCGCCGUGAAGAUAUCGAAGGCGGUGGUAAAGAUGGAAUGCCUGCAGGAGCUACAUUUGGUUAAUCCAGUUAAUGGCUUCAUUCGAUCGCAUUCAUUUAAAAAGCUGAAGGUUGUUAAUCGUUCACUGCACAAGCUGGUGCUGCAUGUAAGUCUACCUGAGGUCAUCGACUGUCCCAAUCUUCGCGUGCUGGAUAUUGUUUCUUCACUGGAUGUGGAGAUCAUCGUUGGUAAGCAGUACAUAGAGCACGGAGGCGAAGAACCAUACUGGAAGUUAAAGCAGUUGGAAGAGCUCAUGAUUUGGCAUGAUGAUGAUGAUGAUGAGGAUUGGAUGAUUGGAUGGUUUUCACCGCGUCCUUUAGAGCAAGCUACUAGUAUCGGUUCUAUCGAAAAGAUCGAAUUUUACCGGCAUUUGAAGCAGCUUAAGAAACUGUACUACCACGCUAGCAUCUUGUCGAGUGAGGUGCUGCAGGCCAUCUGCGAAUCAUGCGUUCAGCUGAAGGAUCUGCAUUUGCUGUACUUGGCUAGUAUCGGUCCGAAUCCGUUACGCCACCUAUCGAACCUGAACAUGCUGCAACAGUUGAGCAUAUGCUACAGUGCCGAUAUCCUAUCGUUCGCUGGCGUUCGCUUGCCCCUGCUGGAGAGGCUUCUGUUGUACGACAUGAAAAUCGAUUGGCCAUCGUUGGCGGAGCUGACGUCGAUCAAGUGGCUAAAGAUCACACCCGAUCCAUCGAAGGUCGAUCAAAUAUGUGAUCUUCUCGCAGGACAGCUCAGCAGUCAGCUAAACUUUUUGUGGAUCGCUAUGGACUACGUGGAUGUUUACGCCUGCCUGCCCAAGCUGUCUGCUCUGCAAACGCUUGUGGUGGAAAAUGUUAAUCAGCAAUUUUCGAAAUAUCUGCCUCGCUUGCCCCAGCUGAGACGGUUGGUUAUUUUUCCAGGAUACAUGUCAAAAAUGACCUUGCCGCUUAGGCUUCCCAAACGGAUGGUUAACUUGGAACUCAUGGAGCUCGGUUCUUGUGAAAUAUUUCAACGUGAUAUUACCAAAUGCAUGAUGGAGGAUGAUUAUGCAAGUCUGAACUAUCACUUCCGUGAGCAGAGGUCCAUAUUAGUCAAAUAUUCCUAUAGACAUGUAAGUUCCUUAAGGUAAAGAAAACAAAAACUUGCUUUUGUUGAUUUGUUUUACUUUGCCAUCAUACGUCGCAACAUUCAUCGCACUAACGUUGGCAAUAGAAAUUAUUUUCGUUUUUUUUUUCUCGUGGGAGGUGGCUACUUGUCUGUUUUGAUAAAUUUUGGAAUCAAUACAGAUCUUGUUGUGGAAGGAUUAAUCUGGCAUCUAAAAUAGAAUUAAAGGAGUUCAGGACACAUGCACAUCGACUCUUGAUGAACUAUAGGAAUGAAUAAAUGAUUUAUUAUAAACUUUUCCUAAUUCAAGGCUUUCUACCUCAUCGUUUUCUUGGAUAAUCGAACAUUCCUUCCUCAACCUUGAAUUAGUAAACCUUCUUACUUAUGUAUAACGUUAGCAAAGUAAUUUCCAGAAAUGAGUUUAAUUAAAAUAUCCGCAUUUUGACCUUAUAAUUAUUUCUUCAAUUUCGUCGUUUACGCACUCUUUACGGUCGUAGGGAUUUUCCUUUGGGCAGAACUGUACCUAACACUUGAAUCUUCUGGUGUAUGUUUAGAAUGUAUCCCUGCAUUGUUAAGUGGCUAAGGUUACUGCUUUUUUUUAUUUAUUGCCCAGUUGAUAUUGAUGACGAGCCUGUGUUUUAGGUUUGAUUUUUUAUGAUCGUGCAAGUAAAGAAGAAUCAGAUGGCCUCACUGGAUGCGUUACAUAUUGCUAGACUUAUGCUGUUUAUCGCGCCGAUGCACGUCGCCAGGGCACUUGAAAAGAGUAACAAGCGUUUUGAGCGGUUUGCUUAUUUUAAAUUUGAAAAUACUAUCCGUUAAGUUUGAAAAAGUGAUCGUCGUGGCGAUCGCUCGUAAGGAGAAAUUGAAUUAAAUGA